AUGGCUACCCGCAUCCAGUUCGAGAACCACAGUGACAUCGGCGUGUUCGCCAAGCUGACCAACAGCUACUGCCUUGCUGCCAUCCAAGGUAGCACCAACUUUUACUCCGCCUUCGAGAGCGAGCUCGGGGAUGUGAUCCCGAUCGUGCACACCAGCAUUGGCGGCACACGGAUAAUUGGCCGUUUGACGGCAGGAAACCGGCAUGGUCUCCUCGUUCCCUCAACAGCGACCGACCAAGAGCUACAACAUCUUCGCAACUCGCUACCCGAUUCUGUCGCCAUUCAACGUGUCGAGGAGCGACUGUCAGCACUCGGAAACGUGAUAGCCUGCAACGACUACGUCGCUCUCGUUCAUCCCGAUGUGGAUCGCGAAACAGAAGAAAUCAUCGCCGAUGUACUGAAGGUGGAAGUUUUCCGACAGACGAUCGCCAACAACGUGCUGGUAGGAAGUUAUUGCGCCAUCACAAACCAAGGCGGACUGGUACAUCCCCUUACGAGUGUACAAGAUCAGGAUGAGCUGAGUAGCUUGUUGCAAGUCCCACUAGUGGCUGGCACAGUGAACCGAGGCUCGGACGUCAUUGGUGCUGGACUGGUGGUCAAUGACUGGUGUGCAUUCACUGGUUUGGAGACAACAGCGACAGAGAUCAGCGUGAUAGAGGCAGCCUUCAAGCUACAAGGCCAAGACUCGACUGCUGUGAUAGGAGAGAUGCGCGACUCUCUAAUCGACAAUUGGGCAUAA